AUGAGCAGCCUCAAGGAUGAUGCCAAUUUUAAAUUUCAUCCCAACUGUGCAGGUAUUCAGCUAUCUCAUUUGGCUUUUGUAGAUGAUAUUAUGCUUCUAUCUAGAGGAGAUAUCCCUUCUAUGUCAACUAUGUUUGCCAAACUUCAACACUUCUGUAGGGUUUUAGGGCUUUCCAUCAGCUCUGAUAAAUCUUCCAUAUACUCAUCCAGUAUUAGGACUCAUGAGCUUUCUCAUAUUCAGCAGCUUACUGGAUUUAGCUUGGGUGGCUUCCCUUUUAGAUACUUGGGUGUUCCCCUUUUAUCAUCUAGAUUAAAUGUAUGCCACUAUGCUCCCUUGCUUUCCAAGAUUACUGGCCUGAUUCAGGGAUGGAGCAGGAAGUCUUUAUCUUAUGCAGGUAAGCUAGAGUUGAUCAGAGCAGUUAUUCAAGGGAUUGUGAAUUUCUGGAUAGGGAUUUUUCCUUUACCUCAAUCUGUUUUGGACCGGAUCAACGCUUCGUGCCGUAAUUUUCUGUGGGGCAAAGCGGAUAUUGGCAAAAAGAAGCCCUUGGUUGCUUGGUCAGUAGUUUGUUCUCCGAAAAGAGAAGGGGGUUUAGGCCUUUUUAAUCUCAAGGACUGGAACCUUGCGCUUCUUUCCUGUAUCCUGUGGGACUUUCAUUGUAAGAAAGAUUCUCUAUGGGUUCACCAUUACUAUUUCAGACGGAGUGAUGUGUGGAAUUACAAUACUUCUUCAUCAUAUUCAGUUUUGAUAAAGAAAAUCAUUCAAAUAAGGGACUUUAUUAUCUCUAAAGAGCUAAGUACGGAAGAGGCCAAAAAGAGGAUUCAAUCUUGGAGAACCAAUGGACAAUUGCUUGUUGGCAAAGUCUAUGAAUACAUUAGAGGAUGGAUGCAGGUGAGUAUCAGGUAUGCAGGUUAA